GAGGCGACCCGUGGCUGUGAGGCACCCUCGACCGGCGGCGGUGACGGCUCCCGGUGCGGCGGGGCGCUUGGCCGGCUUUCUAGGUCGGAACGGAACGCUCGGCCUCACGGGCCCCGCCCGGAAAGUUUGCAGCGGAGCCGCGACCUCCUGGCCGGCGCGGCCCAGAAUGAAGCGGCGCUGAGGAGCCGCCGCGGCCGCCUAAGGAGGAGGCGCUGCACCCCGGGCCACGCCGAUGACUACUGCAAACUGUGGCGCCCACGACGAGCUCGACUUCAAACUCGUCUUCGGCGAGGACGGGGCACCAGCGGCGGUGUCCCAGGUCUCGCGGCCUGCAGAUAUUGAACCAGAUGAUUGUGCAUCCAUUUACAUCUUUAAUGUAGACCCACCUCCAUCUACUUUAAACUCAUCCCUUGGCUUACCACAUCAUGGACUGCUGCAGUCUCACUCUUCUGUUUUGUCACCAUCAUUUCAGCUCCAAGGUUACAAAAAUUAUGAAGGAACUGGUGAUAUUUCUGAAUCUAAAUAUAGCCCAUUAGGUGGUCCUAAACCCUUUGAGUGCCCAAGUAUUCAAAUUACAUCCAUCUCUCCUAACUGUCAUCAAGGAACAGAUGCUCAUGAAGAUGACCUACAUAUAAAUGACCCAGAAAGGGAAUAUUUGGAAAGGCCUUCUAGAGAUCAUCUCUAUCUUCCACUUGAGCCAUCCUACCGGGAAUCUUCCCUCAGUCCUAGUCCUGCCAGCAGCAUUUCUUCUAGGAGCUGGUUCUCAGAUGCAUCUUCUUGUGAGUCUCUCUCCCACAUUUAUGAUGAUGUGGACUCAGAGUUGAACGAAGCGGCUGCACGAUUCACUCUUGGUUCACCCCUGACUUCUCCAGGUGGCUCUCCAGGAGGUUGCCCUGGAGAAGAGUCCUGGCAUCAACAGUAUGGAUCUGGACACUCCUUGUCACCUAGGCAAUCUCCUUGCCACUCUCCUAGAUCUAGUAUCACUGAUGAGAACUGGCUGAGCCCCAGACCAGCCUCAGGACCCUCAUCAAGGCCCACUUCUCCGUGUGGUAAACGACGGCACUCCAGUGCUGAAGUAUGUUAUGCUGGUUCCCUUUCACCCCAUCACUCGCCUGUUCCAUCCCCUGCUCACUCCCCUAGAGGAAGUGUAACAGAAGAUACCUGGCUCACUGCUCCCGUCCACACUGGAUCAGGCCUCAGCCCUGCACCGUUUCCAUUUCAGUACUGUGUAGAGACUGACAUCCCUUUGAAAACAAGGAAGACUUCUGAAGAUCAAGCUGCCAUACUAACAGGAAAAUUAGAGAUCUGUUCAGAUGAUCAAGGGAACUUAUCCCCUUCCCGGGAGACGUCAGUAGAUGAUGGCCUUGGAUCUCAGUAUCCUUUAAAGAAAGAUUCAUCUGGUGACCAAUUUCUUUCAGUUCCUUCACCUUUUACCUGGAGCAAACCAAAGCCUGGCCACACCCCUAUAUUUCGCACAUCUUCAUUACCUCCAUUAGACUGGCCUUUACCAACUCACUUUGGACAAUGUGAAUUGAAAAUAGAAGUGCAACCUAAAACUCACCAUAGAGCCCAUUAUGAAACUGAAGGUAGCCGAGGGGCAGUGAAAGCCUCUACUGGUGGCCAUCCUGUUGUGAAGCUCCUGGGCUAUAGUGAAAAGCCAAUAAAUCUACAGAUGUUUAUUGGAACAGCCGAUGAUAGAUAUUUACGACCUCAUGCAUUUUACCAGGUGCAUCGGAUUACUGGAAAGACAGUUGCUACUGCAAGUCAAGAAAUAAUAAUCGCCAGCACAAAAGUUCUGGAAAUUCCACUUCUACCUGAAAAUAAUAUGUCAGCGAGUAUUGACUGUGCAGGUAUUUUGAAGCUCCGCAACUCAGAUAUAGAACUUCGAAAAGGAGAAACUGAUAUUGGCAGAAAAAAUACUAGAGUCCGACUUGUAUUUCGUGUGCACAUCCCACAGCCCAAUGGAAAAGUCCUUUCUCUACAGAUAGCAUCUAUUCCUGUUGAGUGCUCUCAGCGAUCUGCUCAAGAACUCCCUCAUAUUGAGAAGUACAGUAUCAACAGUUGCUCUGUCAGUGGAGGUCACGAAAUGAUUGUGACUGGAUCUAAUUUUCUUCCAGAAUCCAAAAUAAUUUUUCUUGAAAAAGGACAAGAUGGAAGACCUCAUUGGGAGGCUGAAGGAAAAAUAAUCAGAGAAAGAUGUCAAGGGGCUCACAUUGUCCUUGAAGUUCCUCCCUAUCAUAACCCAGCAGUUACAUCUGCCGUGCAGGUGCACUUUUAUCUUUGCAAUGGCAAGAGAAAAAAAAGCCAGUCUCAACGUUUUACUUACACACCAGCUUUGAUGAAGCAAGAACAAAGAGAAGAUACUGAUUUGUCUUCAGUUCCAUCUUUGCCUGGGCCUCACUCUGCCCAGACCCAGAGGCCCUCCUCAGAUACAGGGCACUCCCAUGACCAUGCAUUGUCAGCACCGGGAAGCCUGAUUUGUCCAGUGCAGCCAGCAUACACAUCUAUGCCUAUUACAUAUUGUCCUCCACACCCAGGAUCUGCUACAGCAGCUUCCCCAGCAGCCUCUCAUCCUCUGGCUAGUUCACCGAUUUCUGGGCCUUCAUCCCCUCAGCUGCAGCCUAUGCCUUAUCAAUCUCCUAGCUCAGGAACUGCCUCAUCACCAUCUCCAACUACCAGAAUGCAUUCUGGACAGCACUCAACUCAAGCACAAAGUACAGGCCAAGGAGGUCUUUCUGUUCCUUCAUCCUUAGUAUGUCACAGUUUGUGUGACCCAGCGUCAUUUCCGCCUGGUGGUGCACCUGUGAGCAUUAAACCUGAACCUGAAGAUCAAGAACCUAACUUUGCAACCAUUGGUCUACAGGAUAUCACUUUAGAUGAUGUGAACGAGAUUAUUGGGAGAGACAUGUCCCAGAUUUCUGUUUCCCAAGCCGCGGAGGUGAUGAGAGACGCUCCUCUCCCAGGUCCGGGGUCCCCAGAUCUGAGUGCUCAGUGAGGCUUUGUGCCCACCACCGACUGCUCAGCCUGCUUCUCUCCUGGAACAUAAGGUCCAACCAGACUUCAGGAUCUACUGCAGGAGUUGGACUCACUGUGGGAAAAACAGCAUUCCCUCUCCUUAAGCCGCAAGCAGAUUUUGUAAAAACAGGAACACCAUGGACUGUUUGAGCUGUGGGAAAAUGAGCUUUGCUUUUUUAUAUAUAUAUAUAUUUAAAUAGGAUACUUUUUUAUGAUGGGUGCUUUGAGUGUGAAUGCAGCAGGCUCUAUCUCAGAGGUGCUGCUCUUGCAGGUGACCUGGUUGCAUAGCUAGGAUUGGUAAUUUGUACUGCUUUCUGGUCAUUUGAAGAGCCCUUUAGUUUUGAUAUUUUUAAAAUAGAACUUUUGAUAAAAAAAACCUUCCAGAUGCAGACAAAAAAAUUAUCCUAAGCCCACACUUACACCUCAGAAACUUAGCAUGCAUCCUGAAGCCUUUCAUAGAUUCAUAGGAAAUAAAGCCAAAUGUAGCUCAUACUCUUUAUAAAAUAAAGUGUUAGGUAAAUUGAGAAGACCAUUCCAUCAUUGAAGUGUUGGGAUAUGAAUACAUUCCAGAGCAUAGCCUUUUGUAAUUUUAGGUAGUUAUCAGUUUCUCCACUAGCUCCAUAUUCUAGCUUUUUCCUCCCCACAGGACCUUGGGUAAAAUGGUCACUUGUGAGGUGAAUUUCAAAGGUAGGGUUUUAGCUCAGGUAGUUAUUUUCUACCUAACUUUUCAAGUGGGAGCCUCUGCCUUUAGUCAGUAGUCUUUGAAGCAAGUAUCCUGAUAGUUUAAGGCUUUGCAGUUUUAACUCCUUGAGGCCAGGCCAGAAGUGUUAGGAGCUAAGUAUGAAUGAACUGUGUAAUAAGAGGGGCAGAGAAAAUGCAGGACUCCAGUGGAGAAGGCUUUAAGAUUCACAUGGCACAGAAGGUUUAAUCUCCUGUUUACAGCCCGCAAUGAUUCUGUCCCAUGGUGUCCUGGCUAUAUGACCUAAAGACCAGCCUUUCCUCCACAAGGCUUUGAGACACAUCCAGAGAUGAGGUGAUAUCAGACCUGUCCUUCCACACCAAAGACACGGUGGUGCUGCUGCUGCUGGUGAGGUCUGUGUCCAAGGCAGGGGCCAGCAGAAACUCCAGCCUGCUGUCUACCAAAGGACUGUUCCCAGACCCUGCCUUUACCCUUCCCUUUUAAAGUCCCUGAAUUUUACAGUCUAUUUUCAAAUGAAAUAUUGUACUUUAAUUCAUUCAGGAAGCAAAUUAGAGUGCCUAUAAGUGAGACACUGUGCUGUGCUGACUGAAGACCUCUAGGUCCCUUGAUGGAGGGGCUGUCUUUACUAAAGCUAUGUCAGGCUUACUAAGCAGGAGCUGGCCUGUUGUCUCCCACCCCGAGUAAGCAGGGUAGGAGGUACUGAUUCAAGAUGAGAGAGGUAUUGUUUGUUUUCAACACAAUGUUAGUUAGAGAACAGUCUUAUCAGCAAAUUACUCUGGCCACUCUUGGAGCUAGAUAUUUUCCAAAUUUUCUCUGAAGGUGAGUUUUAUAUCAAUGAGUAUGAAUAGUGAGAUUUGCUUUAGGGGCCCCAUGGUUGGUAGCCCACAGCUUCCUCUAAAGGGCAUUGGCCUCUCAGGUGAACUUGCAGAGACUUGGCCAAAUUUGCUUCCUCUUUCCCCUAGGGCAGUUGCCUCAUAUGGGGUCAUUACAAGACUCCUUGGGGCGCUGCUGUGCUGCCUUCAAGAAUAAAAGCCUCUAUGGUCCAGAGUUGCUAUGCACCAAAUCUUGAUGCCUUUUUAAAUACCUUGAUGCCUGUAGCAUUAGAAAUGCUUUCCUAUUUAAAACAGGUUAGAUUUUAAAAUAGAGCUUUGUAUUGUGUAAUGUUUUAUAUUAGCUUUGUAUAAGCUUUCAUGUAAGAGUCAUAUUUUUUGGCUUUGUAGAUAAAGACUUAAAUUUUUGUGCAAAAUAGUGGUGGUAAAGCACACAUCAUUGGACUAUGCAAGUUGAUUUCUAGCAG